AUGUCAAAUAAGUGUUCAGCUUUUCAAGGCUUCUAUAAAAGCCGUUUUGACCAUAGAAUAAAGUUUAGUUUAAAACUUGUUGCCAUCGAUAAUAGACGUUUCACAAUGAAGGUCUUAACAACGGAACCCUGUAUCCCAAGGAUGAAUGCUGAUGAGUUCCUGCGUUUCAUGGAAGACCCAAAAUCAAAAGCGCGCAUCAUAAACGAGUAUCAAUCAAAAUUCAUGACGGAAGGAGAAGAAAUGAAAUCUACACUGGAGCAGAACAAAGAGGUGGAGAUAAAAGGCUGCCUGUCUUACCUGCAAUUUCUCUACUACGGUCCUCAGUCCAAGAAAAAACAAGUGCUCCCGAGAGCGAGGUUCGUUGAUGGAUAUGAUACGAAGCAUAAAUUUCUCUGUGCGAAAAAUCCAGCGGAAGAAGACUCCGAAAUGUUCUGGCAAUCUGUGUGGGAUAACCACGUAGAGAUAAUCGUGAUGAUAGGCAAGCUUAAUGAGAAGAGUUUCCAGUAUUGGUCCUCUACACAGCGUCAAUCUGUACUAAGUGGGAAGUUCAAGAUUACUACUCGAGAAAUUGCAGUCCAUUCAUACUUCACUGCAACUGUGUUAUCUCUGACUUCGACGACACUCAAGUCAAAACAGAGGCGAUCGGUUGUUCAUUAUCAGUUUACCGAUUGGCCGAAAGGUAGCUUACCUCAGCCCGGGCACUUUUUGGAUUUUUAUUUCUUUGUCGACGACGUGUAUCUUAAGCUGAAGAACAGGAUGCCUGAUAAGAAAGCUGCCCCUAUACUCAUUCAUUGUUUUGAUGGUUUGGGAGGCUCGCAAAUGUAUUGCGCUAUCGACAUCUGCAUAACCAAGUAUGAUUUAACGAAAGUAGUCUCAGUGUCAUAUGUCGUUGAAAGGAUAAGAGAACAAAAGCCCGGGGCUAUUAACUCCUCAGACCUUUAUGCUUUGUGUUAUGAAAUAGUGAAGGGUUAUGUUUAA